CCGGGGAGAAGUCGCGUUAUUGUAGUUUGGGACUCUUCGUCUGUGCGGACGUCCCUACAGGAGGAUUUGAGAUGAACAGAAUCAGAAUACACGUUUUGCCCUCGAGUCGCAACCGGGUGAGUCAGACUGCCCGACCGCAGGAGCCCCAGGCCUGCGCCUUCACCCAGCGGCCCUGCACCCAGCCUCGCCUCGAGGGCUUCGACUUCUGCAUCAAACACAUCCUGGAGGACAAGAAUGCCCCGUACAAGCACUGUAGCUACGUCUCUGCCAAAAAUGGCAAGCGCUGCCCAAGCGCUGCUCCGAAGGCCGACAGGAAAGAUGGGGUGACGUUCUGUGCCGAGCAUGCUCGUAGGAAUGCGAUGGCCCUGCGAGCUCAGAUGAGGAAGGCUUCUUCAGGUCCGUCUCCAGAGGCUCUGCUGUCCCAGCUUAGCUGCUUCAACCGAUCGGAGACCCACAGUCUAGAUGGAGGACGCUCUGAGGCCAGCCGCAUCCUGGAUGAAGAAAGUCUGAGUGAAGAGGAGCAGAGCCCGCUGGUGCUGGACCAGACCUGGAGAGGAGAUCCUGAUAGCGAGGCUGACAGUAUUGACAGCGAUCAUGAAGAUCCUCUGAAACAUGCAGGGGUUUACACAGCAGAGGAAGUGGCUCUGAUCACUAGAGAAAAGCUCAUCAGGCUGCAGUCGCUGUACAUCGACCAGUUUAAGCGCCUGCAGCAUCUGCUGAAGGAGAAAAAGCGCCGAUACCUGCAAAACCGUAAACUGGAGCAUGAAACCUUAGGAAGCAGUCUGUUAACGGGACCUGAAGGUCUUUCCAUGAAGGAGAGGGAGAACCUGAAGAAGCUGAAAGCUCUGCGUCGAUACCGCCGCCGGUACGGAGUGGAAGCCCUGCUGCACCGGCAGCUCAGGGAGAGGAGGCAGGCGGUGACAGAGGGAGCCUCUCAGCUCCACAUGAGAUCCGUGGGUGAAAUCUGCAUGGCCUUUGUUGAUGGAGUCAGAUGCACGAACCCCUGCCUCCCGGUGGCCAGACACUGCCUCUCUCAUAUCUGCCAGGACAGCAACCAGGUGCUUUUUAAAAUCUGCCCGGGGCUGAAAGACGCUCCCUGCGACCGGACCGUCCACAUGGGUCAGUCGGACGACCCCCGAUGCCCUCUGCACCUCACCCUGCCGCCGCCCAUGUACCAGCCGGAGCAGGAGCCGCCGCCGCAGGAGCCCUUCACCCCGUCCAGCAAGGACAUGUACCUGAGCGCGGCGGAGCUGCAGCCCACAGAGAGCCUCCCGCUGGAGUUCAGCGACGACCUGGACGUGGAAGGGGACGGCAUGCAGGGUCCCCCGUCCCCCCUGCAGUUUGACACGGCCCUGGCCCUGGAGGACCAGACCAUCAGAGCCAUCGCCGAGGCUCCGAUGGACAUCCUGACCGGGGAGGACCCGGACCCGGACCAGGUGGACCUGGACACCUCAGGACACGAGCUUUCAGAAAGAGACAUGGACGCCAUCAUGGAUGAUCAGGUGGUGUCAGACAUAGGUGGAGGAGAAGAAGACGCCACCGACAGCUCGGCCCAAGACCUGGACCUGGCAGCCGGCGACGCUCCUCGAUGAACAGAGGCCUUUUUAUUUUUCUGCUACUUUUGGUUCCAGAUAAUUUGGUUCUGUGAAUUGGUAAUCUUCUGAUCUGGUACCUGGUGGUACUCAAGUGUUUGUUUGUUGUAAUAAAAGGUGACAGAGGAACCAAACGCU